GAGUGAGUGAGUGAGUGAGAGAGAGAGAGAGAGAGAGAGAGAGAGAGAGAGAGAGAGAGAGAGAGAGAGAGAGAGAGAGAGAAAGUGGGGGAAAGAAAGAGAGAGAGAGAAGCGGCCGUGAGAGGAACUUAGGACCCCGCUCUGCCUGGGCAAGAGAAUGACGAUCAGAUGAAAGCAGCGCCAUGCCACUAGAGGCUGGGCUAGGAGAAAGAGGAGAGCAAGGCGGAGAGCCGAAGAAAACCAGAACGAGAAGAACGACACUGAGUUACAGACAUAGGAAGAUAGAACAGCGACAUUGCCAAAGAAAACGAGAAUAUCAGCGCCGACAAAGAAAACGGGAAUAUCAGCGCCGAUAAAGAAAACGGGUAAAAAUCGACGCCGACGAGGAAAACGGGAAAAAAAAUCAACACCGACAAAGAAAACGGGAAAAUCAACACCGACAAAGAAAACGGGAAAAUCGGCACCAACUCAACUCAAGGCAACAGCGCGCGACCAUGCCCUCAUGUAGAAACGCUACUUUGGACGAAUUUGCAGAUGCACGAGUGGACUCCUUGUACUACUGGGUAUAUCAGGUGUCGUUCCCUAUCCUUGUGUUCAUCGGCGUCCUCACCAAUACCCUCAACCUGGUCGUGCUCACGAGACCCCCGAUGAGGAACAAGACAUACAGAUGGAUGCGAACGCUGGCCAUCGUGGACAUGGUGCUGUGUCUGCUGACGAUCCCGGUGUGCCUGUCCAACGGGGGCCACGCCGCCACCUCCUACAGCACCGCCUUGUACUACGCGCUGUUCGGCUGGUCCAUGAGCAUCGGCGCGCAGAUCUUCAGCUACUACCUCAUGGUCUGGUUCGCCUACGACCGCUUCCUGGCCGUGUGUCGCCACGCGGAUUACCGGAGCAGCCAGCGGAGGGAGGUGUUCAACCGGCGCGUGGUGGGGACGCUGGCGGGCGUGGCGGCGCUCUACCUGCCGACGGUACUGGUGGGAAAUCUGUGCCAGGAUGCCUCCGGCAAAUGGGUGCCCAUCGACGGCUACUCGGAGGAGAAGAUCAGGGGCUGGUACCGCAUCUACACGUGGGGGCGCGAGGUGAUCUCGCGGCUGGUGCCCGCCGUGCUCAUCACGGUGUGCAACAUCAAGAUCACACUCAAGCUCCGGCAGCUGCGCAACGUGCGGGAGAGCUUCAUCACCGGCAUCUCGCCGGCGCGGCGGGAGAAGGAGCGGCGCCUGGUGUUCCUGCUUUUUUGGAUCACGGCGCUGUUUUUCGUGUACAACACCCCCGUCACCGUGUUCUACGUGGUGUUUCUCGACCAGAACAUCCUGGACGCGCACCACAUCGACCACGCCGACUACGGGGUCCUCGUCUUCGGCUCCCUCAGCAACCUCCUGCAAAUGCUCGGCAACGUGUCCAACUUCGUGCUGUACUUUCUCGUAAACCCGGACUUCCACCGGACGCUGCAGGCAAUGUUCGGCGUCCGCACGGCGGAUGACGCAGCCGACAAAGACAGCAACAGGUCGACCAUCCGCCGAACGCAGUCCAUGAACGCCACGCAGCCGGAGCGCAGCGCCAAGGACGACCUCUCCGACUCCGGUAUCGACCAGCCGACUGACCUGCCGGCGGAGGAAGCGAGGCUGUGAGGGGAACGGCGCCGCCGCCGCCGGGAGGACGGCUUUCGCUCCCCGACUCGAGGGCGCCGACUGGCCGAAUGUUACUGGCGCGAGGAGCUGAUUUAAGCGCCACUCCGCUUGCCUCUCGUCCUCUCGAUCGGGCGGCCAUGGGACCACAGGCACAUGAAAUUGUAUAUAUAUAUAUAUAUAUAUAUAUAUUUAAAUGUGUGUGUGUGUGUGUGUGUG